GAUCAUUUAAAUUGUAAAUUAAUUGUUUCACUUCAAUUGUUUCAUUAAUUUUAUGAUGAAUUCAGUUUCGCAAAAAGAAACCAAUUGAUCAACUCAUUGAUUAAAGGUGAUGAAAUAAUUAAUUAUAACUAAGAUUAAGUUAUUGACACACAAUAGAUUUCAUCUUUAAUCAUAAUUCAUUUUUAAUUGUUAGUAUAAAUUCAACUCCAAUUGAUUUACUUUUAAUUAUUUCGUCAAUAAUUUUUUUCCGGGUUUUCUUUAAACUUGAUAAUCACUAAUUUUAAUUGCUCAAUUUUAAAUAAUCAAUACACAAUUAACUCUAAUAACAUUGUUUCCAAUUUCCAAUGUAAAUGAUUAAGUUAAAAUCAUCAAAGUUAAUUACCUAAUUAACUUUGUCUAAUCAUAAAAUGUCUUGAUCACCUUUUGGCAUGAAAUGAAAUUGGAGCAACCUUGACAAUUAAAGUUAAUCAUUUAAAUGAUAUAAAAGAAAGAGAGAGAAAUCAAAUUAGGUAAGGAAUCAAAAUCAAAUGUUGACAAUUUAAUUAGCUAAUUAACCAAAUAUUAGCUAAAUCAUUGUGAAAAUAACUCGAUUUGUUUAUGAAGCUUGAUUGUGAUUUAAAUUGCUGACGAUUGUAAUCAAGUCAAAAUUAAGAUUUAACAAUUAGCCUGAAAUUUAUUCUUUUCAUAAAAUAACAAUUAACUUUUUCCUCUUCUUUCCGAUCGUACAAAAAUUUGGACAUUUCGUCCUUUACGAACCACAAUGAUAACUUUCCUAAUCCAUAAAGAAUCAAACUCUUUCCCAGUUGAUUCCCAUUAACAGUAUUUAAUUCACUAUCAAAUGAAUCUAAUUGAUGACUAAUUACCUAAAAAUCAAUCAGAAAUCAAAGAAAUGAUCAACUAAUUGUUUUUCGUCUCCCAUGGUAACCCAAAUGUUACCGGUUCGAUGUUCGUCAGCAAAUUUCUCAUCUUUUAGUCUGAAUUCUCGUUUAACUGUCCACAAUUAACACCCUUUAAUUGUUGAUCAACUUUCGUAAGUUUUAACUAAAUGAUUACUACAAUGUAUCAAUGGUUAACAGUUUGUGUUAAUUGGAUGUAAUUAACUGUGAACGAAGUGUUGAAAAUCAUUUCUUUUCCAAAUCUCAUUCGCUUGAUCAUUAAACUUACGAAUGAUUCAAUAGCUUCUAAUUCAACUAUCUAUGGGUCCAUGAAGCCAAUUUACCGGUCAGUAUGGUCAUCAUUGAGCUCAUUCUGGUUACAAUUAACUUUCAAUUAGUCUCUCGAUGUCCAUUCAAUAUUUUCAUCCGUAAUUUAAAUAUACUGAAGAUGAAUACACAUAUGAAGAUACUGAAUAUACCAAAGAUUUUGUUUUUCUCAUUGUAACCUAAUCAAUUAAUAGUGAAUGUAAACAAUGGUUAAUAAUUAAUGAAUGUCAGGUAAUAAAUAGAAAACUCAAUUAAUAGAAGCAAAGAUUUCAAUCUAUUCAUUGUGAUGGAACAACAAACAUGAGAGAGAAAGAGACUGGGACAUUGGAAUCGAUUAGAAAAGAAAAUUUUUUCUUUGUUUUCUCCAAAAUUCUAACCGGUAACUAUGGUAAUCGACAUUGGAAUCAAUUGUUUUCCAUGACCUAAAGGAGAGAGAGAGAGAGAGGAAAUUGUGACCUUUAGGUACAUCGGUGAAAUUGCAAAGUGUUCAAUUUGUUACUCGAUCUACAAUCAAAAUGGACCUUAAACUGAAUCGAGUUGAUUAUCUACAAGUUGGUUUAACCUCACCCAAUACAUUGAAAGUGUUAAAUUCUGGUUCAUCCGAUAAUCAUAUGACCAUUGUCGCAGUUGUUGGUGACCAUUCAGGGUCACUUUGUUGUUUUUCACUUCGACACGACUCAACGACCGUGUCAACCAUUUUCAAAACUCUUCCAGGUCCAAAUGCUAAGAUAACCAGUGUCCAAGUUGUUCGUGGCCUGUCAACCUCAUCUUCGCCCAAAAUUCUGGUCUCUUUUGGUUCAUCAGUGAUUCGUGGUUACACCGCAAAGGGAAAACAAUUUUUCGGCCUCGAAUUGAAUAACCUAACGGAGCCCAUCAAACACUUACAAAUUAAAUGGCCUGCGGACGUUUUUAUUUGCGGUCAUUUCAUUUAUAAUCAUUAUGUUCUCACCUCUGAUUCGGGUGAAAAUGAUUCAAGUAAAUCGUCAAUUAUUCAAUCGAAAAAUUUUUACGUCUCUCCAGGUAAAAUCACUGGUCUCAUUUUGAUAGAAAACAAUUUAACUAAGAAAACAGUGCCAAUUAUUUCAUGUGAAGAUCGAUUGAUACGAAUUCUCAAAGAUUCUGUGUGCCAAUAUGAAAUCGAAACCUGUGGUAUUCCAAAUGUACUUUUCCCGUUGAAUAAACUUAAUCGUGCAUCGGAAAGUUUUUUCACUUAUGGUACUUUGGACGGGAAAGUGGCCCUGAUUUCACUUGAUUUCAGUAAAAAUCCAUUACAAGCGAUCCAUAAAUGGGAGAUACCUGAAAAAGGAGCCAAAGCUCAGGUCAAUUGUAUCGCCAUGAUAGAAUCAACUGGAGAAUUAUAUAUUGGAAGGUCAGACGGAUCGAUCGAAGUUUGGAUUUUCGUGGAAACAUUAGAAGCCGAUGGAUCUCAAUCGAUUAAUGUUGAUCUUAGUCCCAUUUUUAGGACUGAAUUCAAUUGCGGUGAAAGUUUAACCUCAAUUUGUAUUUGUCGUGAUGGGACUUUACUCCUUUGUUGUACAUUCACUGGAUUUAUAUUUGGAUUAACACGCAAUCAACUAGUCAAUUUAACUAAUGAUCAAGCAUCUUUGAUGAUGUCUCGUGAUUCUGAGGCUCGAAUCGAAACACUUAAGAAUGAGAUAACUGAUCUGGAGAAGAAAAUUACUCGAGAACGAGAAUAUUAUCAAGAUUUAACUUCCGGAUUCCCUGUGAAAGGUUUGCGAUCUUCUCAGGGCUACUCAGCACUUCCAUACUUUGCAAUCAACGAUUCGAUGAUUCUUCAAGAAGAUGCUUCCUAUUUAUUAACAUUGGAAUCUGAAGUUGCUGUUGAUUCUGUAAUUGUUCAGAGUGAUAUACCAAUCGAUUUAAUUGAUUGUGAACGUAACUCAGCGGUCGUAACAUUCAACGACAAUUGGUCAUCACAAAUAUUAGCGACUUUUAGAUGUCAAGCCAAUACAACAAGGAUAGAAAUUAAAAUACGUUCAAUUGAAGGUCAAUAUGGGACAAUACGGGUUUACAUCAUGACGAGAAUGAGUCCAAAAAGUUGUCAAGUUAAACAUUACACAAUUAAAGCUUUAUCGUUACAUAAACGGAGUCACAACAAUUUAAGUUCAACAAUUGAUUCAACUCAAGUUAAUUUACUUCACAUAUUUGGUUCCUUUGGGUUAAACGAAUCACUUAAUUGGUUACAAUUAUGUUUACCUGAGAUUCCUGAUCGUGUUAACAAUUCGUCUUCGUUAACAAUCAAGUAUACAUUUGUUUCCACUCUUAUGGAUACUUUUUUAAUUGUUGAUUGUUCCAAAGGAUCAUUAACUUUCCAAUCGGAUAAUAUAUCAACUAUUUCCAUAUUGAAAGAUUUUCUUACAAGAGAAGCGACCAAAAAGUCAAUACCAAUUGAAAUGAAUUUAAAGGUUAAUGGUUCAAGUCUUGGUUCGACAAUUAGUAAAUUGUUCCCUAAAUUGAGACAAUUGUUGGGCGAGAAGAGGAAAAAUUUACUCCUCGAGGCGAUUAAAGAUUUACGUAUCAAUGAUCCCGAAAUUGCGAGCUCAAUGUUAACCGAACUUGAUUCUCAAUCACCAACAAUUAAGAUACAAUUUAAUCUUGAUCGUCUUUAUGGUUUAAUUACUGAUCUUUACCUUGAUUAUAUUAAAUUGGAAGGGACUAGUUCCAGUGUUAAUGUAAACAAUAUGAAGACCAAAUUAAAUGAUUUGGUUAGUUUAAUUGAAGAAUCAGGUUCAGAUGAAUCACAAUUAGAAACUUUAAUUGAUAAAUUAAAUCACUUCUGGGGUCUUAGAACUUUAAAUUAGUUUAAAUUGCAAACAAUAAUUCAAAUCAAUUUCCAACCAAAAAUCAAACUAAUUCAUCAGAAUUACAAUUCUCAUCACUGAAACUGUUGAUUGAAUUUUUGUAAUAUUACCAAGAAAAUACAGUUAAUUUGCUCAAUAAUAAUUUUUGAUUAACCAAAUUGUUUUAUAUAAACAUGAAAUGUAUUGAUUGAUUAUCUGAAUAGUCAAUAUUUGUUAAUCAUUGAGAAAUAUUAAAACAUAAGUAGAUCAAUCAAAUCACAUGAAUUGCCAUGAAAAGUGAUUACUGCAAAUUGAUAUUAAAUUUUUACCACAAAUAUCAAGUGUGAAUCUAAAUUAAACAACGAUCCAGAAAAAAUGAGUUGAUAUAUUUAAUCAUUUUGGUUGAUUAUUUAUAAAUCGUAACCAAAAUUAUGUAUUUCAUGGUUAAAUCUAAUCCAUAGUGGGUUAAGAUGAUCCAGGAAGUAAAGUAAUCAAUGUUAGUUUAAUUAUUACUUUACACAUGAGAGCACAAAUUUAAAGCAUUGGUUGAAAUCCUUCAGAUUCACUGUAACUAAAUUAACAUGAAAAAAAAACAAGAAUUAAAAUAAGACAAUAAAUUAACUUACAUCUUUCCUCCAAUAAAGCACACAGAAAGUGAUUUAAAUCCUUGUUUUGAAAAGAAAAUGAUUAUCAACAUGAU